UUUGUAGAACCUCAUAACAAUGCCGAUGUACCCCCCAAUCAAGCAUUCUAUAGUGAAUCAUUGGUAGACCAAGAUUUCCAUCACAUGCCACACAAGGCUGGUUCCAUUUCACCAAAAGACAACAAGAAAAACAAAAAGGAUACCAGCCCAGAACGAAAGGUACGCCAGAUUACAGUCCAGUCAAUCAAUAAAGAACAUCGAGUGUGGAUCGUAGUUGAACCUACAGAAACUGGACUUUCGCUAGCAGAAAAGAUCCAUCAGAUUGCUACAUUCCGUACUCGUAAGAUCUUAACUAUCACAAGUGCAUCUGGGCGACAAGUGCCUUUGGAUAAUCGGCCAGUGUUUGGCAGCUGGUCCGACAUGGAAAGUUUCCAGGAUGGAGAAGGCUGGCAAGUCACUUGGGGUGAUCUAGACAAGAGUGUCGUAGACAGAAUAUUCUCAAAGGUUGUUCAGGUUGGAGGACGAAAGAAAGAUCCAAAAUAAUUCCUUACUUUUUUUUUUAUAU